AUGGGGCUGUCAUCCAGCCUGGCCAAUACCAGCCCGGACGAGAAGCUGUACUUUGAGUGGUACAGGUCGCGAACGACGAUCAAGCUCCCAGGCGUCUUCGGCUCGGGCUUCUGGGAGGUGCUGGCCAUCCAAGCCAGCCACAGCGAAUCGGCGGCAUUGCAUGCCAUCCUGGCGGUAGGAUGUGCGCACAAGCGACUGCCCAAGAUAGCUCCUGUGGGCACGAGUCCCGACGACAGCUCGCCGGACAAGCAGGAACAGUUCAUGCUGCUGCACUACAGCAGGGCUAUCGCUGACGUGCAGAAAUGCUUCUCUGUGACGGACCGGGCGUCUGUGCGUGUGGUGUUGAUCGUGUGUAUGCUUUUCGUCAUCUUAGAAUUCAUGCGAGGGCAUAUCAAAUCCGGGGUCCGACAUCUUGAGUAUGGCGUGAAGGUCAUCAACAGCUUUGAAGCUCGCCAGAUCAUCAGCCCUGCCAAUGAGGUGUCGUCUUCCUCGCGGGACACUAUCGACAAGUGGCUCCUCUGUGCCUUCUCGAGGCUCAACCUCCAGGCCAUCUUGUUCGGUCAGAUCUCUGCAUCUCGGCCAGCUGCCUGGCAAAUCUCCAUUGCUCCACCACUGACGGAUAGAUUCGACUCCAUCCCGCACGCCAGAGAUACCCUCGACGAUAUACUCAUCCAGGUCCUAGAGCUCACCGAGCGGGGCCUGCAGAAAGAAGUUACCUCUCCAGGGAAUGAGCUGCACUUCGAGUUGGUGAAGCGUCAGCGCCACUUGCAGUCAGAUCUUUCAUACUGGAUCGAUACUCUUCAGGCUUCGAAAGAAGACCUUCACACCAAAUAUGGAUUUCUUGCACCCGUUGCGUAUCAGAGCCUGGUGACCCGCUACACUGCUGCCAAGAUCAUGGCGGAUAGAUCACUCGAUCAUGGCAACGAAGGGUCAUAUGACCGCUCUACAAGCGAUUUUCGGAGCAUCAUCGCAGAGUCGAUCAAGACGUGGAAGUUCUGCAUGUCGAAAGCGUUUGCGAGUACAAGAUAUGCGUUGAGUUCCCCUACCCGUGAUAUCUCUGUAUUCCCUGCUGACUUGUAUGGUUGCAUCAGACAUAGAGCAGAUGUUGCUCCCUUCGUGGUGGACGGUGCAUGGAUCUGGCCGCUGUACUAUCUCGCGAUCAAAUGCCGCGUCCGCAGGCUUCGACUACAAGCCGUCAAGCUUCUUGGAUCAACGUACAGUAUGGAAGCUGUUUGCGAUUCGGCGACGGCCGCUGCGGUUGCACAAGAGAUUGUCGAGAUUGAAGAGCCUGGACUGUGGAGUAGUGAUCCAUUUGCCGGUGGCUUCUAUUUCCUCGACGAACCACGGGCAGACGAGUUGAUGCCGCCUGCUAUCCCGGCUCAGUCCAGGCUCUUUGAUGUCCAGGUCGUAUUGCCAGACUCACCUGCUGAUAUGACGAGUCUGUCAUGUAAACGUAAAAUGGGCGAAUCGGAAUACGAGAUUCUGUCACGGGAAUACGACUCCCUCUCGCAAUGUUGGACCAACAAGUCUGUCGCGGAAGAGAAGUUUAUGGAUUGA